AUGCCCAAAAAGCACCACAAACACUCAUUCGCGAAGCCUGUCAGUCCCGCUCAUCAUACUUUAAUUUCAUCCGGUCCUCGUAACCAAAAUGAACGGUUUCAAGCUUCGCAGGCCUCGUCCUCGAGCACAUCAACACCAUCGGUCAACGACCUGAUCAACCACCUUCGUCGCACACAGGUUUCCCGCUCGCCUGAAGAUGGCGCUGGCAGUCCAACCCGAUUUGUCGCUCCGCGAUCUGUCCAUCCGUCACUACGGAACUUGCUAGAGCUCCCUGAAACCCCGCCACCUCGUCCCCGCCCGGAAGCACGCCGCGUCGGAGUGACUGGACGACGGCUGCGGAGGACUCCUGGACCGCCUCCUCCCCAGAGCUGGCUUUUGGGGAGUCAUGAUGCUGAUACAUCUGAUGAAGAUCUGAAUGCUACACAUGCUGCGCGAGUUGAAAGGAUCAUAUACCGACUGGAUCGGCUUCCGGGAACGACGUUCCCGCGCAAGUCGGACUUGUUGCACAUGGUUCUGAAGACCAUGGCGUCGCACUGGGCGUGGCAUAUCGAAUACGAUGGGCAAUUCCUGGCUGUGCUGCCCAGUCAUGUUAAGAUUCUGCUGCUGAGCUAUAUUGCUAUCUAUGCGAGAGACCAGCCUCUGAAAGGGCUGAUGCAUGGGCUGAAGCCACUUUUUGAGAAAUUCAGUACCGAUGGCUAUGAGAGUGGGGAUGCAGGGGAUACAGCCCAGGAUGGCGACUCAGAGGUCUCGCGUCUGGAUUUGAGCAGUGCAUUAGGGCGCUGGAUGACUAUAAAACAGCUCUCACAUGAACUUUUCCUCUCGAACAAGUCAGGAGCAAGUCUUGCACAAGGCAAGGCUAAAGAGCCUGUUCCAUCAUCAUGGGAAGAGAUUGAUGACGAAGAAGAUGAAUUGAUGGAUGAAAAUCCUAAUAUGCCCAUACCCAAGGCAUUAAGCCAGGGCCUUCGCUUCCAAAAUCUGCGCUUCCUCUCCUUAGCGCACCCCAAACCCGCGGCUGCGAACUGGAACUCCCUUGUCGACCUCCUAUCGCAUCUAUCAACAAUUACUCAUCUCUCUUUGGCGCACUGGCCUUUACCAACAGUUACGCCGAACGCUAUGAACACGCGCAUUAGGCAUCCCACCCAAAGAUCCCUCACCUUCGCCUAUGGGGGUACUGACUCUUACUCUGGAAUGGAGAACAACUGGGCCGAAGCAGCUGCCAUUCUGCGCAGGGUCUCGCGCGUAACAUAUUGUCUGAAGUGGCUGGAUCUCGAAGGCUGCGGGGACUGGUUUCCCGCGUUGACCUGGGAAGGCGUCAGCCCGGACGGCGAGGCACUACCCUCUGGUCCCGAAUGGAACGGAUCAUGGAGGGAUAUCGAGUAUGUCCGAUUAGGAGCUGGGUGGCUCCCUCGUAUCGAUGACAGUGAGUUUGCCGUACCGCAAAGCGGCACAGCUGAGCGACCGUCGCGAUCCCUCGCUUCGUCCAUUCAUGCUCCAUCUCCCGCUCCGUCCGAUAUCUCGGAUCUUCCGUGGGAUGUCGAGAUUGAGCGCAUCAAGUACAGGCGUGCGAAGGAAUUGGAGUACUACCGAGAGACUCUGCGUUCUGCGAAAGCGGUGCAGAGAAGUGUUCUGCAGCUUCGACAGAGCGGACGAGGAAAGUGGGUGCAUUUCUCUUUUGGCCUGGAGGGAUUGGAUGCUGGCACCCUUAAGAAAUUACUUGGGACUGACUAUCGAAGCUUUGUCCCGUGA